AUGAGCAAACAAAACAUACAAGUGAUCUGGUACGGGGGCAAAGAAAGCGAUGACUAUUCAAGUGACUCAGAUGUCUAUAGUGAUAAUAUAUCUGAAAGUAGGUCAGAAAAUUGCAGUGAUUAUAGUUCCGACUAUGAGUCAGAUACUGAGACUACUAUUAAGUCUCUAAUACUUCAACCCCCCCCUAAAGUAGAAGAACAAGUGUCUAAUACGACAUCAUCUACAGAGCAAGUGAGUCCCACAUAUCCUAAACAAGAUAUGUCGAAUAAUAAAGGAUCAUUAGAGAAUAUACAUUUAUGGGAUUAUCUUUUAUCUAAUUAUGGAGCAAAAGAAGAAAUUAGUCUGCUUGAUGCAUAUACACGAGAGGAAUUAACCAAUAGAUUGAUUAUCCAAAUUGACCAAAAAGAUAAACAAGCACCAAAGUUUUCUGUCAUAGAUGACAUAUCUGAGAUAUAUGGAUUACCUGGAAUUCAUGAAUGUAUUAACAGGCAACGGCCUUUAAGACCAGUAAUUGAUAUUGAUGCAUUUAAAGAAAAAAUAGAAGCUGAAAACGUUAAUACUAAAAAUGUGUUUUUCAGCAUUUGUUGUUCAUUUGUAAGAGCAUUGUAUCAAAUUUUUGAUUCUCUUCUUGUUGAUUAUCUAGAGCUAAAAAAAUUUACAGAAUUAGUAUUCAGAUUAACUAGAAAAAAAUAUAAAAAGUUUAUUGAUCAAGGAUUACCUGGUAGAAAUUUCUGUCUCUGCUUAAUUGGUUCAGCAAAAAAAGAUUGCCAAAAUCAUGACAAAUCAGGGAAAAUUUUCAAUGUCUCAUCUAUCAUAGAAAAAAUUCAGCAAAAAAAUAAAAAUAAUGUUCCUCCACCUAUUUCUCAUAAAAUAAAGGGCUCUAAGUUCCCAAAACCCUUCUUAGAAAUGCUGGGUUGGGUUAAAUAUAAUAAACCCCUUACUGCAUCAGAAAGAUAUGAAGAAAGAUAUAUAAAACCUUUAUCUAAAGAAAAUGAUAUUUAUAUAGGUUCAUGUUGGGGAAUGAGAAAAACAUAUGCUAUAGAAAAUUUAAAUAUUCCAGAAAAUACAAAGCAUCAAAGAGUAGUAUGUUGGGUGGAAAGUUUACAUCGCAUUACUAAUAAAUGUAAAUGUGAUAAAAAAUGUAGGUCUUUAGACCAUGCUUCGCAUAAAUGUCCUCCAAAUCCUUACAUUCUAGUAUUAGAUGAGAUUCUAUUAAUUAUCUUGCAAACACAAACUUGUUUAAGUGGUUUGUCUAUAUCUCUUGCCAAUUUCUCAGAAUUAAUUACUCAGGCAGAAAGACUCCAAAAAGGUAAAAUAUUCCGUCUAGCUUCUGAUAAAAAAACUGUAUUGAUAGAACUCUGGGGAUGGGCCAAGCAAAUGACAUCAUUACCUUUUGAGAAAGCUGAUUUUCCGGAAUUGCGUAUAAAAGAGUAUCAUGGUAAGUCAGACCUAAUAGAGAAAACUCGAGAUUUUAGAGAUGUAGAUAAUGCAUGGAAAAAUAUUGAUCUCAUUGCAUAUACCAGUACAUUAAAGAUAGGGGUUUCUUGCAUCAAUCCUAAGUUUGAGCGAGCAUUCUGUAUCUUCAGUAGUUAUAUAGAAACAAAUGCUGGAACAAAUCAAAUAUUAUUCUGCAUGCAAUGUAUUAAAGAUUAUAUAUGUUAUAUUCAACAAAGGGCAUCUAAAGCCUCAACUACAGAAGAGGGAAAGGCAGGUAUGGUAGUUUCAGUAAUAGAACCAACUCCCAAACCUAAAGAUAAUACUGUGUUAUUAACUGAAACAGUAAAGGAAUGUUCUUCGGUUAUUAAAGCAGAGGAAAUUUCAGACCUUGCAAAUGCAAAUAUUAUUAACUGUAAAAUGACUGAGCAUCUAGAAAAUAAACCAAAGAAAACUUUAGAAGAAAUGCGAGCAUUAGACCAGCACUAUAUUGUAAAUUGCUAUAAUAUAGCACCUGAGUUUUUGACUGAAGAAUUUAUCUCAGAGUUUAGAAAUUAUAAUCAUAUGUUCUGGUUUAGAGCUCUCCAGAAAUUACGAGAUGCAGGCACUAAUAAUGAGACAGCAGUUGAGGCAAUUUCCUGUGAAGAUUAUAGAAAUGAUAGGCUCACAACUGUUACUAGAGCUGAAAAACAUCGAAUUUGUCUUGGAUUAUUAAAAAUUUGUAUACCCGUUAAAGAUAUCGAUGAUAGAAAUAAAUAUAAAACUAAUAUUGUUAAAACACGAUUAGAAUUACCUGAAUCUAUAAAAUAUCUCCAAGAAUUAGUUCCUAAAAUGGCUCAGGUUUUUGAUAAUACAGAUCUCAAAGGUACAAAUAACAAGCAUACACAUUAUCAUCUAGUUGGAGCAUUUGAUAAUAUAUAUGCCUAUGCAUAUACAUCUGAGUUGCCACUAUACCAGACAGGUGAGGAUUGGGAUAAUGGAGAAGAUUGGUGA